AUGGGUAGAGCUAUGAUUAUGGGCCAACGUGGCCAGUUUAUCUUCCAUUCUGCCCAUCUCGGCUUCACAUCCCGGCUUUUAUUUGAUAGUCUGGCCAGCAUUUUCAUAUCUCGUUUCUACUUAAUCUUGUAUAUCUUACCUUCACAUGGCAAAUAUAGUCCACCGGUUGCAAGCACCGGCAACGGUACCAGUAUCUGGAUCAGGGGAAGCAGUAGUAACACGAGAAAGAGUCCACAUUUGUGCCAUGCCAUUCGUAAACCGGAAAUUCUCGUCGGUCCAGCAAAGAAAUCACAACAGACAAGAGUUGUGAUACCGAAUCUGUCAAUGCACCUGCUCUUCUGUUUACUCAUCACUUCAUCCGAGCCAGCGUGGCAUCAUCGUCCGUGUUUCCCCGAUAGCCACUCUCCUCGCCGCCCAUCUCUCAGACUCACUCAGUCCUGCUGCCUCAUUGUUUAUGUGACUCGCUCUCUCGGCGAAUCUCUCGGCCUCUCUGUCGCUCGAGAUGCACACAAAUUGCCCCGCCUCGACGCUCUCAACGUCUACAAGUGUCGGCUCUAUGGGCGUCUAUCUAUGCAUCCGUGUAGAGCUCGAGCUAGCCGCAUUCGCCCAGUUCAGUUGGUAUCAUCUUCAGUCGGCCAGCUCAACCGAACGGCCUGA